AUCACUUACAAUCAAUCUAUAAACAACCAAAAAAUUGUAUAUAAAGUGAAAACCGACGCGGCUGCAAAAAAUUUUUCCUGAAUGCGUAUUAAAGCAUUACUCAAUUUUUAGUCUCUUAACAUUUAAAUCGUGUAGAAACGUGAAGUAUGGAAAAUUGAUAUUCGGACUUCACAAUACGUGUAUACUGUUGGGUAUGACACAUAUUUGAUACUUUUAAAGAAAUCCAACAAAGCAUUUAAUAAAUGUUCUCAAACGGACUGCCGUGUAAUAUCUCUUUUCCGAGCUGUCUUAGCGUUCCUAAAGACGGUAAUGAAGAACUCUUGCCAUCUAAUAUGGGCACCAGGGAACCAGUUAUUCUUAAUGUGUAUGAUAUGUAUUGGAUAAACGAGUACACCACAUCAAUAGGCUUAGGUGUUUUCCACUCCGGCGUCGAAGCAUUUGGCACCGAAUUUGCAUACGGUGGUCAUCCGUUUCCGUUCACCGGCGUUUUUGAAAUAACUCCCCGUGAUCAUGACGAAUUGGGUGACCAAUUUCAAUUUAGGCAGAGCAUUCAAAUAGGCUGCACCGAUUUCACAUAUGAAGAGGUGCGUCGAAUCGUAGAGGAACUUGGAAAUCAAUUUCGUGGAGAUCGGUAUCAUCUCAUGAACAAUAAUUGUAAUCAUUUUUCAGGCAAUUUGACUCAGAUUCUCUGCGGUCAAGAAAUACCGAGCUGGGUGAACCGCCUUGCGCAUUUUAGCUCUUGUGUACCAUUCUUGCAAAGAUGCUUGCCAAAAGAAUGGCUUACACCAAAUGCAUUGCAACAAAGUAUAACAACAAUUCAAGAGCGCGAAGACUCGGACAAUAAUCCCCUUUGAGACAUUACCUGAUUUAAAUAUUAACAAAACUUGCUUUUUAUCUUAACUAUUAAAAACUCAUCAUCCCUUUUGCUGUUUUAAAGCCAACAGCUCUGUUCAGUUAAUUCAGAAAGAAAGCAUACACCUUAAAUUAAAUUAGUAACGGAAACUUCCAAUACAAAGAAAAUU